AUGCGCGCCCUUACUUUUUUCUUCACCUCGGCCUGGAUUGCAGGCACUCUAGCCUCCAAUGUCGUCGAAGUGACCUCAAAAAACUUUAACUCAAUUGUUGGACAAGGAAAACCUGCGCUGGUGGAGUUUUACGCGCCUUGGUGCGGACACUGCAAGAACCUUGCGCCCGUUUACGAGCAAUUAGCAGAUGCCUUUGCGUACGUUAAAGACAAAGUCCUUAUCAUCAAAGCGGAUGCAGACGGCGAGGCGAAAGAAAUAGCUGGAAAACAUGGCGUUACGGGCUUCCCCACGCUUAAAUGGUUCGGGCCCAACGAUGCGACUAAAUCGGAUCCCUAUGAUGGAGGGCGUGAAUUGAAUGAUCUUGCGGCAUUCGUUGAGAAGAAUGCUGGGGUAAAAUCGAAUAUCAAACCCCCUCCCCCUCCCGAGACCCUUCAACUUUCGUACCGCGAUUUUGAUGAUGUUGUGAUGGACCCCGAAAAUGACGUAUUGGUAGCAUUCACGGCCCCUUGGUGCGGACAUUGCAAAAACCUCAAACCCACAUUGGAGAAGAUUUCCAAGACAUUCAAGCCCGAUUCGAAAUGUAUUAUUGCCAACUAUGAUGCCGACAACGCUAUGAACAAGGACAUUGCCGCCAGGUACCACGUCAGGAGCUAUCCCACUAUCAAGUUUUUCCCUAAAGGCUCUUCGAACAAGGAGGCUGUCCCCUACGAUUUUGGUCGCUCGGAGGCCGACUUUGUCAAGUUCUUGAAUGAGCAUUGUGGAACUCAACGUGCCGUUGGCGGGGGGCUCAACGAACUUGCCGGUCGUCUCUCCUCAAUGGACACUCUUGCUCAGUCCUUCUAUUCGGCUGACAAGGCAGCUCGGGAGGCUAUCUUCUCCGAGGCCAAGGCUGCUGGAGAAAAUGCUUCAUAUUACAUCCGCGUUAUGGAGAAGCUCACCAGCACAGGCGAAGCUUGGAUUGAAAAGGAACUCAAGAGACUAGGCGGAAUCUUAAGCAAGAGGAGUAUGGCUCAAACCAAACUCGAUGAAAUUAAGAAAAAGGUUAAUGUCUUGAACGCUUUCCUCGAGAAGAAGGUUGAGGACGCCAAGGAGGCAGUUGAAGAGACUGCAGAAAAGGUCAAGGAGGAGUUAUAA